CGCCUGCUGCCGCACGCGCGCGCAGAUCCGCUGCGUCCUGCUGCCAGAGCGGCACUCUCGGAUCGGAAACCGAUGCAAGUCACACUGCGAAGCUUUCUUCUAAAUUGCAAUAAAAAUCCUCUUACAUUAAAAUGUGAAAAAGAAGAAAAUCAAACCGAGAGGACUUUUUCUAAAGCCACCGCAGGUGUAACAGCGGAUUUGUUGUUAUUUUUUGGGUCCCCGCCUUCCUCCGGGCGAUGCGAGCUGGACUGUCUGCGUAAAGGAGAACAUGGAGCAACAGACAUGAAGAGCGCAUUGUAACAGCGAGUGUCUCAACUCUAAAGGCACAUUCUGUUGAAGAUGGAAAUAAUGCACGCCAAUAUUUCUGCUUGAAGCGAGAGACGAGUAGAGAGGACUGCUUUGGGGAGACAAGAAGUCCAAACUAUCGCUUUGGACUCAGAUUGCUGCGGCUGUCAGGGGAUGAAAGACUCUCCAUAUCAUGGAUUUACUGAGGGGGCAAACCAGCAGCAAGCAACACUGGAGAUUUAUUCAGAUGAACACUGAACAUAACUGGAAAGGACAAAGCCAGAACUCUAUGCUCCUGUGAUUGGAUCUAAGCUUGUUCUCAUCCGAGACCAUUAAAAUGGAGUUGCUAUGGAAACUUUUAGUGCUGGUGUCUUUGGUGGAGGGUCUGACAGGCACCGGAGUCCUGCAAAGGCCAGUAUUCACUAAACAACCUGGCAGCGUGGUGUUUCCUGUUCAUGCUGGUGAGACUCAAAGAGAAGUGGUGUUUAGCUGUGAAGCCCAAGGACACCCACCACUCUUCUACAGGUGGAAGCGAAAUGACUCCUUCAUCCUGCCUGUCCAGGGUUCACGUUACUCUCUCAUGGGUGGAAACUUACACAUCAGCAAUCUGAAUAAAGAGGAAGAUGUUGGCAUCUAUCAGUGCCUGGCAUCAAACUCCUUUGGCACAAUCAUCAGCAGAGAGGCCAGUCUUCAUGUUGCUUACUUGGAAAAUUUCAAAACUCAGAGACGAAGUCCAGUAAGGGUCCGUGAGGGUCAAGGAGUGGUGUUACUGUGUGGCCCACCUCCACACUCUGGAGAACUCACUUUCAGUUGGAUCUUCAACGCGUACCCGUCUUUUGUCAUCCAGGACACACGGCGGUUUAUCUCCCAGAAGACAGGCAAUCUCUAUAUUGCCAAAGUGGAACCCUCUGAUGUGGGCAACUACACGUGUGUGGUCACAAACACUGUCACCAAAAGCAGUGUUCAAGGACCACCAACACCUUUAGUCCUGCGGCUUGAUGGUGUGAUGGGUGAAUACGAGCCUAAAAUUGAAGUGCAGCUCCCUGAAGUCGUCCCUGUCGCUAAGAGCUCAACUGUCAAACUGGAAUGUUUUGCACUUGGAAACCCAGUGCCAACCAUAAGCUGGAAAAGGGUGGAUCGGGCCCCUUUUGGCAGGAAGGUGGAUGUGAAUAAAGCCAGCGGAGUUUUAGAGAUCCCUUAUUUCCAACAAGAGGAUUCGGGGAUGUAUGAAUGCAUAGCAGAAAACAGCAGAGGAAGAAACUCAGUUAAAGGAAAGCUGUCUUUCUAUGCUCCACCUCAGUUGACUGAGAAGCCUCAGGAUGUUCAGAAGACCAUCGAUGACACUCUUGAGUGGGAAUGCAAAGCCAACGCUAAGCCCAAACCUUCGUACCGCUGGCUGAAAAACGGAGAUCCCCUCGAUCACAUGGAGGAAAAAAUUCAGGUGAAUAAUGGCGUGCUGACGAUCAGCAGGUUGAAUUUGGCCGACGUUGGAAUGUACCAGUGUGUGGCUGAGAACAAACAUGGCCGCAUAUUCACCAACGCUGAGCUCAGAGUCAUUGCCAUUGCUCCUGACUUCUCCCAAAACCCGUUGAAGGCCCAAACCUUAGCCCGACAGGGUGGCGACGUUCUCAUCGAAUGCAAGCCCAGGAUGUCUCCUCGUGGUGUGAUCUCGUGGAGGAAGGGGAAGGAAGCCCUGCGCGAGAGCCACAGAAUGAUGGUGCUGGAUAACGGAAGCCUGCGGCUUUCUAAUGUGACCAAAAUGGAUGCUGGGAUCUAUACAUGUGUAGCCAGAAACCAGUUUGGAGUAGCAAGCAGCUCUGGAAAUCUUUUUGUUAAAGAGGCAACCACAAUCACGAGUCCAGCGGGACACCUAGAUGUAACCCUUGGCGAGAGCAUUGUGCUGCCUUGCCAGGUUUCAUACGAUCCGACUCUUGACCUGAAGUUCACCUGGUUCUUCAACGAGCAGGUCAUCCACUUUGGAAGCCAAGGGGCCUUUUUUGAAAAAGUUGGUGGGCGUUCUGCAGGUGACAUUAUGAUAAGGAACAUCCAACUAAGCCAUGCUGGGAAAUACACCUGUGCAGUUCAGACCAAGGUGGACAGUGUGUCAAUUGCUACAGAUGUGGUUGUUAGAGGUCCUCCAGACCCACCAUUAGAUUGUCAGGUGAAUGAGAUGACUGAGACCACUGCCUCUCUGUCUUGGAGGCCUGGAUUGGACAACCACAGCCCCAUCCUCAGCUACACUAUCCAGGCCAGAACACCCUUCUCCCUCGGAUGGCAAACUGUUACCAAUGUCCGGGAAAUUUUAAAGGGGAAAGAGCUCUCAGCCACUGUGACUGAUUUAAGUCCCUGGGUUGACUAUGAGUUCAGAGUUUUGGCAACCAACAGUGUUGGAACAGGAGAGCCCAGCAAACCCUCAAAGAAGACCCGCACCAAAGAAAUGCUGCCUAGAGUGACUCCAGCGAGGGUAAGCGGUGGUGGUGGAGGACGAUCGGAGCUUGUCAUCACGUGGGAACCUGUUCCAGAGGAAAUGCAGAGCGGGCCAGGCUUUGGUUACGUGGUGGCUUUCCGCCCUCUCGGAGCACAAGGCUGGAUGCAGGCAGCCGUCACAUCCCCUGAUGCUUCAAGAUACGUUUUUAAGAAUGAAAGCAUCCCUCCCUUCUCCCCUUAUCAAGUCAAAGUUGGGGUUUACAACAAUAAGGGCGAAGGGCCUUUUAGUCCUGUUACUACCAUCUACUCAGCAGAAGAAGAACCCAGCAGAGCUCCAGUCAAGCUAAGGGCGAGGAGUGUUUCAGCAUCUGAAGUCGAGGUCACCUGGAAGCCGCUGGCGUGGAGCAACAGCCGAAGACGUAUCCUUGGCUAUGAGCUGCUGUACUGGAGAGAGAAGGAAAAGCCGGAUGCAGCCAGUGUGGUCAGAACAGAGGGGAAUAAAACAUCAGUACUCAUCAGGGAUCUGGAGGGCAGCAGUACCUAUUACAUGUCCCUGCGGGCCUAUAACAGCGCUGGAGUGGGUCAACAGAGCUACAUAGUCAAUGUCACGACCAAGAAACCACCUCCCAGUAAAGCCCCAGGUAGAAUAAUGUGGGGUACUUCCAACUCUAAAGUCAUUCUGAGUUGGGACCAGGUCCAUGCCCUGGAGAAUGAGUCUGAAGUCACAGGAUACAAGGUGAUGUACAGCAAGGACAAACACAGCCACCCUAGCGUGGUGGAGACCAACAACACCUCCUUGGAGUUAUCACUGCCAACGAACCAAGAGUAUGUGAUCCAGAUUAAACCUUUCAGCGAGGGAGGGGAGGGCAUAAGCAGCGACCAGAUUACCGUCCGCAAACAUAAAGAUUCAAUAACCAUGGGAGCAGCCCCGGCGUCUUUGGGAUUUUCAGUGGUCAGCCUUGCAGCUGCUAUUCUCACAGGUAGAAUUCUGCUAUGACAAACAUCUAGAAAAUACAGCUUCUUAUUCAAAGGGAAGGGACAGCAGGUCAGAGACUACACAAGGCCUACGGCCUCAUUUCCUCUUCCCUUCUCUACCCUACCACAUCUCUCCUCUACAGACCACAAAGGUCUUUUUUUGUGAGGAAGAUUAUUUUUCUUCACAUUUCUAAGUGGUCGCUGAAAGGAAUUUCCACUUUAAGAAUUUGCUUUUAUGAAACUGAAAAGGACGCCUUGACUCAGCUGACUCCAGCCUUUUGGAAGAUGUGUUUUUCUCAUCUACUUUCUAACUGCUGGGUAUUCUCAUACAUUUGUCACCUUGGAGGAUAAACUAGGACAUGUAAAUUAUUUCCAAAGGACCUUUGCAGGUUGUUUAAAAAAGUUACUUUCUGCGUGUACUACUGAGUUCUUUCUUCAUGAAUCGAAUUGAAACAUAACUGUGAUUGAAGGGGACCUAGCCUAACCUUGACCAUGGAAGAUCAGAAGCUUUUUUUCUUUGCCCACAAAAUGAUUAUAAUUCCAUUAAAUGGAACACAAAUGGGUUGGACUCUUUGCUUUAAGACAUAACAACAUUUGGGACCUUUCUGUUUUUCUCUGCUUCCAUUCCUCACAUUACAAGUUGCCAUAAAACUGAAUGGAACCAAAGGUAUGUGACUGACAUAGUGCAGCUCCACUGCUAUAUCCCAAGAAAAGGCAGCCUCUACACCCACCCCCUUGUUUAAUUUCUAUGUCAAGCAGCUGGCUUAUGUUAAAAUAAAUUCCUCACUUUGCUCUAUAAUCCCUCAUCAGUGUAUAACCAAGGCAAACAUGUAUGGAAACCUCAGGUCCCAAAUGAGCCUUAAAGUCUCAUAAUUACCAUUCAGCUAAUCAUUCAGGAAUUAUUAUUUAUUAUUUUUAUCUUUUAGAUCAUAUACAGGAAUCUUAGCUCCAGAUCAUGUCUUUGAAUGUUUAAAACUCAGAAAACUAAAUGCUUUUUGUUGUCUUUAUGUCCUGAUGAGCAUUGUUAGGUGAUGCAGAUUUCUGGCUUUUCUAGCUUAGUUUGUAUCAAAACCAGAACAAUAUCUCACUGUCAGUCGGUCAAUUUGUGUUAAGGAUGGUUGGAAAGAAUAACCUUUUAAUAAAGAUCAUGCCAUUUUCCUCUUUUCUGUCAUCAGUGUUAACGUGUUGCCAAAUCUUUAAAUGAAAGUGUUGCCUUUCAUACGGCUCAUGCAGUUUUGGGUAAAGCUUUUAAGACGUGUUUAUAUCACUUCUACAUUUCUACUUUUUGUCGUGGAAAUAUUACAUUUGCAUUAAAAUUUCUUCCGUCUAUAUAAA